AUGUGGGUUUAUCUGUUUCUUCUUGGACUCGCCUUUGGAGCACCUUUUCAAGAUCUCGUUAUAAAUCAGCCUCAGCUUCCAGAUGUGCCAAAUUUUGACACCUAUUCCGGCUACCUCGAUAUACCAAACUCAGGUGGGAAAUCCCUUCACUAUAUCCUUGUUACAAGCCAAAGCAACCCAGCAACAGAUCCUUUGAUCCUCUGGCUAAAUGGGGGUCCAGGGUGUUCUUCAUUAGAUGGCUUCUUUUAUGAGCAUGGACCUUAUCUCUUUCCUGAAGAUGGGACUGAAUUGGUAAGGAAUCAAUAUGCUUGGAAUACUAAUGCCUCGGUGCUUUAUAUUGAAGCUCCAGCUGGAGUUGGGUUUUCUAUCUUAGGAAAUGAGGCUAAUAACUCAACUGAUGAUGAGCUUACAGCGCAUGACAACUUGUUAGCAGUUCUCCAGUUUUUCAGGAAGUUUCCAGAGUAUCGUAAUCAUGAUUUUUACAUUACAGGGGAAAGCUAUGCUGGAAUUUAUGUCCCAACUCUAGUAAACAAUAUUCUUAUGUAUAACUCUGGUUAUGAGGCAUUAAAAUUUUAUCGACGCUGGCCAAUUUUUGCCUUCAUAAUAUUGGCCCAAAAAAUUAAAAAAAAGCUUUUAAUAGUAAAAAUAUGUUAAGCACAUAACUCUUAUACUCCUUAUAACCGCAUCAACAUUGUUGGUUUUGCUGUCGGUAAUGGCGUCACAGACUGGAACUAUGACACUACCCCUGCCUUUAUGAGAAUGGCUUGGUACUACGGUCUCAUUGGCUUCAACAUGUACAACAAACUCGUCCAAGACUGCAACAACCUCAAUGACUGGAAUUCUGAAAACUGCCAAAACGAUACUGAAUAUAUCUAUGAUAGUGUCCUGCCGAAUAUCAACAUCUACGAUAUAUACGGCCAAUGCAUUUAUCAUGAAAACGCUCUAGAAGAUACCAAGCUCAGGUUUAAAUAUUUAUACGACAUGAAUCCUAACCUUGGGAUCAUCCCUCCUUGUGUAGGAUGGGUCGGCGCUUACACCUACCUUCGUAAUGACACUGUAAGGGCUGCAUUCAACAUCCCAACUUCUGUACAAGAAUGGAAACUGUGCUCUAGCUUAAAUUAUCUCAGCGACUACAUCCAUGGCUCUUAUUAUCUGUACCCAAGUCUUAUAAGAGCUGGGCUUAAAAUUUUAAUUUAUUCAGGAGAUGUAGACGGAGCUGUCCCUCUGAUAGGAACCAGGAUGUGGCUCCAGAACUUAAACUUGCAGAUGAUUACACCUUACUCGUCGUGGUACGUUGAUGAACAAGUCGCUGGGUUCCAAAUUGAGUAUCAAGGGCUUAAAUUGGUGACUGUCAAAGGUGCAGGACAUAUGGUUCCUCAAUGGAAGCCAGCCCAAGCUUGGCAUAUGCUUUAUGAUUUCAUUAAUGGAAGCCAGAUUAUAUAA